CCUCCCCCAUCCACGCGCCUAUUCGCCUGCACUUCCUGCUGUAGAAAAGCUCUACGCAUGCGAAGUGACUCUUCCUAUUUGGUGUAGAAAGACACAAGAACAGCACAUCAUGACGGAUGUCGAUUUCCAAAGUGGGGAUUCCGGGGCCUCUUCAACAUACCCACAGCAGUGCUCUGCAUUGAGAAAGAAUGGCUAUGUCAUGAUUAAAGAGCGUCCCUGUAAGAUCGUUGAAAUGAGUACCUCCAAGACUGGCAAGCAUGGACAUGCAAAGGUUCACCUUGUAGGAAUUGAUGUCUUUACACAGAAGAAGUUAGAAGAUAUCUGCCCAUCUACCCAUAACAUGGAUGUCCCAAAUGUUACAAGAAAAGAUUACCAGGUAAUAGACGUCUCCGAAGGAUACUUGUCCCUGAUGGAUGAUGGUGGAAAUACCAGAGAGGACCUUAAACUGCCAGAUAAUGAGCUGGGCAAAGAAAUCGAAAAGAGGUUCGAUAAUGGUGAAACUUUUAUGGUCUCUGUGCUGAAAGCCUUAGAUGAAGAAAUGGUAGUUGGCACCAAGGUUGUGUCCUAAUGUGUCCAGGACGAUGCUGGAGGACCUCCCACUCUGUUCUCCAGUAUGGCUUUGAAGCCUCGCCAAAGCUACUGGCCUUCUCCCCCCCCCCCCCACACACACACACACACACACACACACACACACACACCUUCACUAGUUUCCCUGCUGAUCCACUGAAACCUGGAAGCUGGACUGGGUUAGCUUCUUCAACUUUACCUUGGGGGUCAUGGCUGACUGACAUUCUCUUCAAUCAAUGAAGUUAUUAACCUGUAGCCGACACAGCUUAACUUUGCAAUGGCUACUGAUAUUACGGCAAUUCCUGACAUUCCAGCAUCUCGUAACAUUGUAUGGGUGACUUUUUUUUUUUUUUUUUCUGUGUGCAUUGCUUUUUAAAUCCUGCAAAUUGACAUUUUUCUUUUUUGAGUUGAGUUGUCUGUGAGCAUGUAUUUUAAGGCUAGUUUACAAUUGAGAUGCUUCACCUUGCUUUCAACCUAAAUUUAUCUCUACUGGCUGACUUAACACCCCCAGCAAGCUCCAGCUCCAAUCUAAAAAUAAAUAAAUAAAAACAUAACUUCAUUGAUGGUUGGACUAUGCCUUUCUGCCUUUGACAAUUACAACAUGCAUGCACAUGCACACCUAUAAUUGACUUGUAUACAUGCCCUAGCAGCUAUUAAAAUGUAAACCGCAAACAUUUUAUUUACUGGGUCUCAAUAAGAUUGUUCUUUUGUAGCAGGUGUCUGGUGUCUCAGUUGUUCUGGAGCUGAACACACCUGGAAAAGGGUGGCUGGCUGUGGCCAUUUUCUCUUCUAUGCUUUUAAACAUUUUCCUUUCACCUGAGGCCUUUUAUGAGCGACAAAUGUAUAAAGUUUUUUUUUUUUCUUUUUGUUUUUUUUCUUUCUGAAAGAACAAAACACUGAAAACCUUAACUGUUAGCAACUUCACAGUGCUAAAGAGAAUUCUUGGCACUCAGUUGUGGAAACAAGAAACCAUUUCAUUUCUUAUAAGACAUAGCCAAAUCUAGACGGUAGUUCCUCUGUGGGUAAUCUAAAGUCUUGCUGUCAUGGAAGACCUUGGUGCUCAAGAACCGAAUAGAUGAGUGUUAUAUUUUGGGUUUGGGUGGGGGGUAGUAGUUGUAGAAAGUAAUUUUGGGAGUAGGUAGUUCAGUUUCCAGUUAAAUGGGAUUUUUAAGCAUUUUGUGCAGAGUUUGCACUCUUAAGACAGAUUGUGGCUCACAAACAUUUUUAUGAAAUAAAAGUACCAAUAUAGUGACUGGUUCUCUGUUUACAUCCACACAAAACCUAUUGGGGACAUCUGGUAAUUGUAAGAAAAUCAGAAUGUGUUUACAUGCACUGCAUUAAUGUGGUUGCUGUAGAAUCUGCAUUUACAUGCAGAUAGUCCGUUUUCUUCUCUACCUCCUACCGUAAAAUUAGUUUUAAGUGUAUUUGCGAUAUAUUUGAAGCGCAGUAGCCGGAGUUUCUUUUCCUUGUUUUGCUGAUUCGAGCAUUUGCGCUCACUGGUGGUGCAGUGAGGAGGGUGGACUCUAGUGAAGUUUCGAGAAUGCAUGUGUUAAGAAAUUUACAGAUAACCUGCUAUUCAGCUAUAGAAAUUACUUUAGACUUGUUUGUUUUAGACUGACUUUGGAUUUUAGCUAUCUUCUGCGCUGUUGUCAUAGCAAUACUUUUCUUAUUUCUAUUUCCUAGUUUUGUUUAUGAUCCUGUGCUCUUGUUAAAAAUAAAAA